UUCCGAGCCGGCACGGCCCGCGUCCGCAGUGCCGGGUGUCGGUGCUCAGCCUGUCACACCUUGUCACAUUCUACCCGCCACCCACAUUACCACCAUGUCGGACGAUGAAAUGAACAUUGAUGAGGUUGCUGAUGGAGGUGCCGUGAGACGAAAAGGCAGGGGGUUUCAUAGGCCAGGUGGAAAUGAUGCCGGGACAGCUGGUGGAGAGGCCACCUAUGACCGAGUAGAAUCCUCACACACGAAGGAUUCCGAGACGCGUGCUGCACGCUCUGUGGAAGGAUGGAUUGUCCUAGUCACAAAUGUACACGAGGAAGCCACGGAGGAAGAUAUAAGCGACAAGUUCUCCGAAUACGGAGAGAUAAAAAAUCUUCACCUCAAUCUCGACCGUCGUACUGGUUAUGUCAAAGGCUAUGCCUUGGUUGAAUAUGAAACAAUGGCAGAAGCUCAAGCGGCCAUCGACGGAGCAUCUGGUACCCCGUUACUGGAGCAGGUCAUUCAGUGCGAUUACGCUUUCGUCCGCCCUCCACCAUCGGGUCCCAAAAAAGGAAGAGGUCGUGAAGGCCGUGCUCGCAGUGCAAGUCCUGGUCGUAGACAGUGAAAAGGAUGUAGAUAUUGUAGUUGUUACCCAUUUUCUCUGGCACGGAUACAGUAUCUGGUCUUCCUCCCCUUGCGGUGCCAAGUCGCCGUAAUGAUCAUAUGACUAGCCUAUGAUAUGAUGCGCGCUCAUACUUGAAGUACCACCGACAUCCACAGGGGCGAUAAUUUUACAAUAGAGUUCGCGGGUUGCAUUGGCUUAUAGCUUUUGUGUUUCACCCGGCGUCGGUGAACAAA